GAACCCAGUGCUAGAGGGGAGGGAGUAGGGUCCGAGGGGAAACUUAGUGUGCAAUUUGAUGGGAGAUUUAGUCGGUUGCAGGCGGUUGUAUUCCCAGACGCCAAGUGGUACUGAUGCACUGGAACUAGAGUCAGAAAGCAAAAUGGAGGAACAGGAGCCCGCUGGACCUGAACCGCAGAAGAGUCUGGAGGGAGGCGCGAGAGACCUUCGUGUUGUCCAAAUUGGGGCCACCGGGGAGCUGCUGGAAGGGACUCCACCUCAGCAGUUUAAACAGGAGCCAGAAGAACACUGUUGGGAAAGCCAGUUGCAAGACUUCUUGAAGACCAUGCAGCCGCCUCGGUCAGGGUGGAGAAAUCCGCCCCCGCCCCACUAUAUGUCAGGGGAAGACACCAAGUAUUUCCAAGCCUCCUUCAGGAAAGGUAUCGACGGCAGCCACUGGCCGAAAGUCGAGCGCAUGGACGAUACGACGCCAGGCCUUGGCGGAGAGGGCAGUGAGGCCUAUGACAGCAGCCAGGACUCACCUGUGAAAGUGAAGGAAGAGGUUCUGGAUGAGGAUCCGGUCAACCUGGAGAUGCGGCGGCAGCGUUUCAGGCUCUUCUGCUAUGAGGAGGCGGAGGGCCCCCGAGAGGUUUGCAACAAGCUCUGGGAACUCUGUCAUCAGUGGCUGAGGCCAGAGACACACACCAAAGAGCAGAUCCUGGAGUUUUUGAUCCUGGAGCAGUUCCUGACUGUCCUGCCCUCAGAAAUGCAAAGCUGGGUCAGGGAGCAGGACCCAGAGACCUGCACUCGGGCUGUAGCCCUGGCGGAGCGCUUCCUGCAAGAGUCGGAGGAACCGGAACAAAAGAUGUCUGGAUCCUUGGAGAAGGUGUUCAAUUCCCCCAAGUCAGAUCACUCUUCACCAGUUGUCCUGAAGAUGCAGCUCCCCUUGGAUGAUAAGCAGGAAGCUGACUGGGAGGCCACCUUGUCUGGCAAUGAGCAAGUGCAAGAUGAUGAGGAGGAUGAGACGUUUCAGGCUGACCGGUCUGAGCAAGUGGGUAUUGGUGGGAUGUCGUUGGACAGAUCCAAAGGGAAAUGUUCCCAAGGCCCUGAGAUAGAGAUUUCUGAAAGUCGUCAGGGACCAGAAGGACACCAGGAAAACCAUCCUGGAAAGUCAACAAAGCUUUCUGAGGAGGGCGAGAGGGGCUUGCUCGAAAGUACCUUUCAAGAGGGAGUCCACAGGCCUGCUGACUCAGGCGAAAGCUCCUGCCAUAGCUUUGGCCACCAGGAAGUGCAAGCACCUGAAAAACCCCAUAAAUGCUCCUUUUGCGAGGCCAGCUUCUAUGAGCGAACACACUUGAUCAUCCAUGAGAGAAUCCACACAGGCGAGAAACCAUAUAAAUGCUCGGUGUGUGAGACAUGGUUCUCUCACCCCUCUGAGCUUAUGCGACAUGAGGAGACCCACAUGCCUGAGAAACCCCAUAAGUGUGCAGUCUGUGGCAAAAGCUUCAACCAGAAAGCAUCCCUCAUUACCCACGAGAGAACCCACACAGGAGAGAAACCAUACGAAUGCUCUGAGUGUGGAAAGAGCUUCAGUACGAGCUCCCAGCUCAUUACACACAAGAGGGUCCACACAGACAGUAGCUGUGCCUGUGUGUCUUCGCAUGCUUCCUGUGAUGCCAGGGCUAACCGUACCCAGAUGAUGGCCGAAAGACACCCAUAUGUUGCAAGUGAGGAACUGCAAGUGACUUUCUUUCCCUACCCCCACCUCCAAGUAACCAGAGACCAAAAUAAUCAUCCUCAAACCCCUUGCAAGACCCAAGCUGAGAGGUACCUGCUAGAUAACAACCUCCAAAACUUGGCUAGUCCCAGUCAAUGGCAGUGUUGAGCUCCUGUUGCUCACACAUCAGAGAUGGGACUGUAGCUCAGUGACAGAGCAUCUUCUUUGCAUGCAGAAGGUCCCAGGUUCGGUCCCUGGCAUCUCCAGGUGGACUAGGGAAAGAGUCCUGCCUAAAACCCUGGAGUUGCUGCCAGCCAGUGUAGACAGUACUCAGCUGGGUGAACCAAUAGUCUAACUCAGUAGAAGGCAGCUUCUUAUGUACGCACCCCAGGCUGCUUAGCCUUGCCAUGCUGGGUCCUGCCCAACAGCCUGUUUUUUGCCAGCAUCUGGUCAUCAGAGGGCAAAUCUGCAUGGUAUAAAAAUUACUGGUUUAAAAAUAGUAAGAGUCUUAUGGAACCAGAACAAUUCCACGUAUUGUAGCAUACGCUUUUGCGGACUAGACCUGCCAACCAAGGAUAAUAACACUUCAUGCAGCUGAUGAGAUGAGCUCGGAAAGCUUCUGCUGCUAUUAACUGGUUAGUCUCUAAGGUGCCACAAGACUCUGUGGUGCGUUUGCUGCGAUAGACCAGCAGGGCUUCCCCUCUGAAAAUGGGCACUACUGAUUAAAGCCACUUUCAGAGCUGUUGGACUAAUGUGGCUCUCGGCUGGGAGUUGUAGUUAUUUGCAAACAGCUAAGGGAAACUAAUUCUUGGCACCCUUAUAAAACUGCAGUUUGCAAGGUUCAUGGGGCAAAAUUAUGAUUUACUAAACUGGUUUUGAACACAGUUUAAUGCUAUAGUGUAGAUGUGUCUAGAAGCAUACUGCCUCCGAAUAUGGAUGGUCCAUUUUUCACUAUUGCCAACAAUACCAAGCCACUGAUAGGCCAAACUUACCAGGCCUAAGCAAAACUUGUGUCUUGUGCUGAUAAAUGCAUGGUGCAGAGACAGUUGACAGAGAAAACAUUUUCACCUUCUGUCAUAACACUAGAACUUGAGUUCUCCAGUUAAGGUGUUGGGUGGUGGAUUCAGGACAGACAAAAAAAGUACUUCACACAACACAGAUAUUUUAUUUUAACUUGCUAGCACAAGAUGUGGUGGACUCUAACUUAAAUUGAUUUGAAAGGGGAUUAAAUGUAUUCAUAGGUCUGGUCACACUGACGGUUCCAUAGAACCUCCAUGUUCAGAAGCAGGGUAUCUUGGAAUACCAGUUGCUGGGAGAGCUGGGGCUUCAUGCCUUGCUUGUGAGCUUCCCAGAAGCAUCUUACUGGUCAUGGUAGGAAGCAGGAUGCUGAGCUACAUGGACCCUGCAUCUGAUCCAACAGGAAUCUUAAAUUCCUGUGUGUGUGUGUGUGUGUGUGUGUGUGUGUGUGUGUGUGUGUGUGUGUGUGUGAGAGAGAGAGAGAGAGAGAGAGAGAGAGAGAGAGAGAGAGAAUAUCUAGUGGAGAAUAAUGGCUAGUGAGUGAGUGUAUCAGAGAACAAACUGCAACAAAUAAUUUGUGUAAGCCAGAAGGAGAACGAAUUACAGAAUUUGGUUAGUUGUGUAUACUGAUGAGAAAUGGAAACACUAAGACCUGAUUCAGGCAUGCCUAUUUCAUCUCCUUGGUGACUGGCAAUGGAAUGUGAAUCAGGACCUUUGCAAAGGUCCUUGAAAUGAUAGGAGGAAAUGCAAAAGGUAGAGCUGUGCUAGGUCCAUCCACCUGUGCAAGUAUUAAGUGACGGACACAUAUUUGUGAGCUGCUCAAAAAAGAGGGGCAGGAAAGGGUGUGUUUUGUGUGUCCUACAAAACAUGGCACACCCAAGGGGAAAAGGUUGAGACAUGGAAAGGGAAGAGCUCUGUUGUCAGCGUUCAGGGUAGGCAACCAAGAUGAUCAGGGGCCUAGAGCACCUUCCUUAAGAGGCAAGGCUACGACACCUGGGGCUAUUUAGGUUAGAAAAAAGACAACUGCGGGGAGACAUGAUAGAGGUCUAUGAAAUCAUGCAUGGAGUGGAGAAAGUGGAGAGAGAGAAAUUCUUCUCCCUCUCACAUAACACUAGAGCCAGGGGUCAUCCCAUGAAAUGGAUUGCCGGGAAAUCUAGGACCAACAUAUGGAAGUACUUUUUCACACCGUGCAUAAUCAGCUUGUGGAAUUCUCUGCCACAAGGUGUGGUGACAUCCAGCAACCUGGAUGGCUUUAAGAGGGGCUUGGAUAACUUCAUGGAGGAGAGGUCUAUCAAUGGCUACUAUUCGGAGGGCUAUAGGCCACCUCCAGCCUCAAAGGCAGGAUGCCUCUGAGUACCAGUUGCAGGGGAGUAAUGGCAGGAGAGAGGGCAUGUCCUCAACUCCUUUUCUGUAGACUUCCAGUGGCACCUGGUUGGCCACUGUGUGAAACAGGAUGCUGGACUAGAUGAGUCUUGGGCCUGACCAAGCAGGGCUGUUCUUAAGGGAGCUUGUAGGUAACAUGGUGGAAUCUUUUUUUUAAAACUUGGUGGGAGGGGAGGAAGGUGUGUGUGUGUGUGUGUGUGUGUGUGUGUGUGUGUGUGUGUGUGUGUGUGUGUGUGCGCGCUGGGGGAGGGGGGAAUUCAUUUAUUUUCCCUCUUCAAUCUUUUUCCUCGUGCCCAAAGACAGACAAGUCUUCUUACAAAGUCAAAAGGGAAAGGCCCAGGGCAACUGGGUAUAUAUGGGAGUGAAGAUUUAGAAGCUUAAAAAAAGAAAGAAAUCUGUUCUGGGUGUGCGUGCAUGCGCACAGACACACACACACCUUGCUGCCACAGAAUUCAGGUGAUUGGAGGCAACAAUGGCCCUCUUUAUCCCACCCCCAUAAACUCUAAUGGGACUGUUUUAAGCUUCCCUCGUGUAUGUGGGGCCUCUGAGUGGCAGUUGAGAAGGCAGAGACCAGGGGUGUAGCUAUAACUGAGCAGAUGGGUUCAAGGAACCCGGACCCCCAAGUUCCUGAGGGCCCCCCAGAUCCACCCCUCCCUAUUUUCUUCAUUAUCUCCCUCACUCUGGGGGGCCACCGGGGAUAGGGGUGAACACAGGCUCCCCCCUCUCCCCUAGCUAUGCCCCUGGCAUAUAUCCCUUUCCCCCCAAUCCACAUACCUAGGUUCAAGUGGUGUGGGGCACUCAAAACGCUAAUUGGAAAGUGCAAAGCUAAGUGUGAAAGAGAGGAGAUGCAUGUAUACACACACGCACACACUCUAUUUACAAUAUUCAUCCCAUUUCCGUCCCCUUCUUCCUCCAAAAAGCUCAGAGCAACAUACAAAAUGGGCGGUGUUCCCAUUUUUUCCUCUCAACAACCCUGUGAAGGUAAGCUAGACUGAGGGAUGGCUAGUCCGAGAGUGGCCACUCGGGGCCAUGCUUGGUAUAAGCAGUUUUAUUUUAAAAAUCCACAUCUGCCCUCUUUGAUAUAUAAAGUGGGGGAGGGGAUCCACUCUUUAUAUGAAAAGGAAGGGGGGAGGAGUAUGAAACCUGUCCCCUCUUCCGUGCCUUCCCUCACCAUGCUCUGUUUCUUGAUGCAUUUUUCUCCCAAACUCGCUCCAAUACCAGAUGAAAAAAUUGCUUGAAGCAAAGGAGCACAGUGAGAUAAGGUGGGAAGGUUGGGUUUAGCUUUCCUCUGUGGUUUUUUCCCUGGUAGGCCCCAACUGAUCUCUGUUUCAUAAGUGAGCAGAGUAGAUACACAUGGCUGCUUCACCACAUCUUUUGUUCUCAAGCCCUAUUCAGACAUUGCAUUGUACGUGCAUACAGGUAUCUGUACACAAGGUCCUGGUUUUUUGUAUGAAUGACUGUGCAUGCUUUAAUUUGAAGAGUGAACCCGAGUACAGAUAGGCAAUGUACUACUGUACAUGUGUUGAACAUAGCGUGUGAAUAACUGUGUGUACAGAUCUGUAAGUACAUACACUCUGUGCAUAUUGAAUGUGUUUAAUAGAAUGUGUGACUAGGGCUUCAGUCAUGUGGGUCUGAGGAGAUUCGAACCCAUGUCUCCCCCAUCCCUAACGCUUGCUUUGCAGUGCUGUGACAAGAGAGUGCCUGGAAGGGUGUGAGGCUCCCCUCAUGCCAGGAUUUCAACAUGUCAUUAGGCCACCGCACACUUCUACAAGAAGCUGCAGGCAUCACAAAAUGGCUGCCUCUCUCAUGUGUAGGGGUGGCUAUGUUUGGAAUCUGUCUGUGCUUCCAGACAGUACUGAGCCUCCGUAUAUCUUUUAAAAUUGCCCACUGCCUUCUUCCAGCCUUCGUUGGCCUCUUCACGUAUACUAAAGUCCACCUUUUCACAACUGUUUGUAUCCCUCUACGUGUAUGCAUGUCUGCUCACAUGAAGAGGCACGGAGAGAGAUUAACACCGCUUCCUUCCUAUGAUUGUUUGUGAAUCUGUAGUUGUAAAUGCAUUUAAAACUAUCUUAAAUUUUAAUUUAUGCAUAUGCAUUACUUGUAGAUUUUACAUUAAAACUUUUUUUUUUUUUUUUGCAUUAA